AUGAGAGAGUUUGGCAUUGAACCGGGGUUGGAGCAUUACACCUGUAUUGUUGGACUUCUGAGUAGAGCAGGGAGGCUUGAGGAUGCUGAGAAUUUCAUGCAAUCAAUCCCGAUAAAAUGGGAUAUUGUAACCUGGAGAACUUUGCUUAAUGCUUGUUAUGUCCAUCAGAAUUAUCGUUUAGGAAAGCGAGUUGCAGAAAUUGUGUUGCGUCUAACCCUGAAGACGUGGGAACGUGUAUCCUUUUAUCAAAUAUGCAUGCCAGGACAAAGAGAAAUAAGAAAUGACGCCUGUGUAUUUGUUUCUGAUGACAACGAACAUCCCGAGGCUGGUCUUAUUCAUGAAAAGGUGGAGUUACUGGCUAAAAUUAAACCACUGGAUUACAUUCUAGCUAUAGCUUGUGAAUUGCAUGAUGUGGAGGAGGAACAGAAAAAAGAUUACCUCAGUUAUCACAGUGAGAAAUUGGCCAUAGCAUAUGCUCUUAUGAAAACACCCCCAGAGGCACCUAUUCGCAUCAUUAACAACCUAAGAAUGUGUGAUGAUUGUCACUCUGCCGUUAAAUUUGUCUCAAAGGUCACUAACAGAAUGAUGAUUGUAAGAGAUGUGAACCAUUUUCAUAGUUUCAGGGAUGGAUGCUGUUCCUUUGCAGACUACUGGUGA